UCCGUGGUGGAGUCUGACGAAGAAGAAAUCCAGGGCGGCUACAAGAACGUGCCGCGACAAGAUGACGAUGAGGUCGAUGACUUCUACCGCAAAAAGGACAAAAUUCUCCUGGCUCGCAGAGAGGAGCGAUCGGAUUCCGAACCCGAGCAAGUGUACAGGAUGACUUCGGAUGAAGACGAUGAAUCCGAAGAAGAAAAUGAGCUUCUAAACGAAGAUCAUGCCAAGGAUAUGAUGGCGCGUUUUGUGAAGAAGAAAGAGAUCGAUUCCGACAUCGAAGAUCAGGAAGAUGACAUUCCCGAUGGGAGAGCAUGGGGCCGGAAGCGUCAGGAUUUCUACGACAACGACUACGAUGUCAAGGACUCGGCUGGAUUCGCUAUUUCCGAGCAAGAUCGGGAAAUCGCGAAAAUGGAAGAAGAGGAGGCUCUGGCCAUCCAGAAACGCCUGGCUGAAGAGGUCGAUGAAGACGUUUUCGGGCUCGACGAUCUGCAGGAAGCACCGGAGGAGGACGAGGACUCGAAGAAGAUCGAGGUCCUGGAUCUGAGUAAACUGCCGCGAAAGAAACUCCUGCGUAUGGUCGAGGAAGAGUCGCCUGAGCUCCAGGGUCUCAUAGAAGACUGCCGUGACAAGCUGCGGGAGCUGGCUCAAGAGCUCACUCCCAUAAUGGAUCUUUUUAAAUCCGGGAAGCUACCGCGAGGAAGCUCAGCUGAAGAUUAUGUCCUGCUGAGACAUAAUCUCCUGUUGUCGUACGCUACGAACGUCUGCUUCUACCUGAAUUUGAAAGCGAAGCGAGUGAAUAUCAAGAAUCAUCCGAUCAUCAAAAGACUGGGACAAUUCAAAAAACUGAUCACAGAGCUGGACAACGCGAGGGGGAAGCUUCUCCCUCAGAUCCAGGUCAUUAUCGAGAGGACGAAAAAUGGAGAGCUCCUCAAAGUACGCGGUGAGGAGGCGGACCCCGAGAGCACGGAUGGCGAGGAUAUCGAUGACGAGGAUGAGGUUGGAGCGCAGUUGAGCGACCUGCAGAAUGAUCCCGGAGAGGAACAAGAAGAUGGCGAUGGUCGUCGUGCAAUCAAUUAUCAGAUCGCUAAAAACAAGGGCUUGACACCUAGACGUAAGAAAGAGUACAGAAAUCCUCGAGUACGUCACAGGAUCAAGUACAGGAAGGCGAACAUCCGACGAAAGGGUCAAGUCCGAGCGAUGAGAAAUGAAUCGGGCCAUUACGGCGGAGAAACAUCCGGUAUCAACAAACGAGUGGUCAAGAGCGUGAAACUAAAAUAA